AUGUCGACACUUACGCCCAACAAAAUAGCCUCCAGGGGACCUGCAGAUGAGCUCCUCGACCCAGAGCGGCGCAGGAUCAUUGCCCAGAUGUCCGCCUAUAUCGAACAUGUAAAACUCCCUUCGACGGGAUGGGCUCUCCUCUGGUUUACGAAUCUCGCCAUCUUGAGGAAAUAUCUCAAAACCUGUCAAGAGUCGGAGAAGUCGGAGGUUCCGAUGGAUGUGGCAGGGAAGUGUCGGUCUAGAGGCUCACUUGCUUCUCAAGAGGGCGCAGAAGAACAAGACAUUGAGAGGACUCCAAAGAAGCGCCAGCGUACUUCAGAAACCGCGUCCAGGAUUCCCACACUCGCUGGCAACACCCGUCCUGCAGCAGUAGGUCCUCAAGAAACAACGAAGCAGCCGGCAGGCCGUAGCGAGUCAGCCAAGAAACUGUGGAAAGCACAGGUCUUAGGCCCUAAUGGCACGGAGACCUGCUCCAACUUGAUGUGCAUGUCCAACCUCGCCCAUAAACUCUGGGAGACAGCGCGAUUCGCCCUAAAUCCCUUGUCGAUCAGCGAAGAUAAGAAAGUUCUCAAGGUUUCGGACUCUAUGUCGUCCAGAGAUAUCCCGAGUCCUUUCCCCGAUGGCUGCGUGUCCUCUAUAAAGGUGGAAGGCAAACCCAAUACGAAACUGUUCGACAUUCACACCGAAAAAGCCCUACGCUCUGGGGAUACUCUCACUUUCAAGACAGACGACCCAGUCGGCCAUCCACUCCCAUCGAUGGAGCUGCUCAAUAUGCAAUGGGCUCUCCAUCGAGUUCUUGCUCUAAGUGGUGCCGCUGAUGCAACCGAUGAAGAACUUGACCCCCCCGACCCCGAUUGGCUACAGGUUGAAGCCACUGAUGAAGACAGUGAGGAAGAAGUAGAGAGUGAAACGGAGGAAGACGACCCGGAGGAAGAAUCGUGGGAUGAAAUGGUCGUGGAGAGCCACCAAUCAAACUUCCCAAGCUGUGAAAUUCGUCCGGCGUCCACUCUACCCAGAUCCAGACAUGAUGACCACAAGGAUCAAGAGGAGCAGACGGAGCCGGCGGACGCAGAACCUCAGUACUGUAGCUUUGGUGGCGUUGGGUCCCCGGGCCGCGAUCCCCUUGUGCGCGUGUGGGUCCACGAAUAUGGAAGUAGUCCUAAUAUGGAGGACGUCUAUAUCCAAGUCUCUCGACAAACCCAUAUGGUCCAGGGCCCAACCAAAGGCGUGACCGGAUCAAGAUGGCGAAAUAACCACCCAAGAAACGCGAAUACUCUCAUUCGAGCGUUGGUAGACGUUCGUGAUUGA